AUGUCGGUGGUGACUGGCGGUGGCGAGGCGGCCGGCGGUGCCGGUGGCGGCGGUGCGCGCGUCUUCUUCCAGAGUCCCCGUGGUGGCACAGGCGGCAGCCCGGGAUCCAGCAGCGGCUCGGGCUCCUCAAGGGAAGAUUCGGCGCCAGUGGCCACAGUGGCCGCUGCCGGGCAGGUGCAACAGCAACAGCGACGUCACCAGCAGGGAAAAGUGACAGUGAAAUACGACCGUAAGGAGCUUCGGAAACGGUUGGUGCUGGAGGAAUGGAUCGUGGAGCAGCUGGGUCAGCUGUAUGGCUGCGAGGAAGAAGAAAUGCCAGAUGUAGAAAUUGACAUUGAUGACCUUCUUGAUGCUGACAGCGAGGAAGAAAGAGCUUCGAAAUUACAGGAAGCUCUCGUAGACUGCUAUAAACCAACAGAGGAAUUUAUCAAAGAGCUGCUCUCCCGGAUAAGAGGCAUGAGGAAGCUGAGCCCUCCGCAGAAGAAGAAUGUAUAA